GAGGAGCUCCCGACGCGGGAGAGCUGAGCGGGACAUGGCCGAGGCGGGGCCGCUGUCGCCCGCCGCGGUGCCCGAGGGAUCGCCCGGCGCUCGGCCCCGGAGGGUCCGCGGCGGGAGCGAGGGGUCGGGGUCGCCGGAGCUGCCCGGCGGCGACACGCGGGAGCUGCUGGAGGAGGUGGAGAUGCAGAUCGGCGACGCCGCCUUCUCGCUGGCGAAGAUCCUGGAGGCGACGUCGGCCGUGUCGGCCCAGGUGGAGGAGCUGGCCACCAAGUGCUCGGAGAACGCCCGGUUCCUCAGGACGUGGCGGGACCUGCUCAGGGAGGGCUACGAGUCGCUGAAGCCCAGCGGGUAAGGCCGGCCCGGCCCGCCCGGCCCGCGCUGCGGCGGGGCUCUCCUCGACCGCCGCCUCAGGGACCUCACGUGGAGCUUUGUUUGCCCCCAGAGAUCUUGCACACAUACCUGAGGGCUCUCGCAUGGCUGUUUUAUGGUAGUCUACCGAAUAAAAAAACUUUGUAUAGUUGACUUUUAGAUUCUUCGUUGAAGCUCAAGCGAUCUCUGACUCCACUAUUUUUUCCUCUCUCUUUUGUGCUAGCGUGGUAGAUACAAAGUUAGUAUGUGUGCUACAUUCAGAACUCCUUACUGGUACGGAAGUGUGUCGUAUGAUAAAGAAUUGUCAGCCCUAGAAUUGUCAGCCCUCCUCUUUAAGACCCAUCACCAGCAGAAACCCUGCCAACCCCAGAGAAACUUCAACUUCAGUUUUUUGUUACACACUUUUUAAUUUUCAUGUUAAGUAUGGGAUAAUGCGACAAGUUGUGGCUUAUUUAUGAGCUGUAGAAAAACCCUAUAUCCCAAACCUUACUAUUUUCAGCAGUAUCGCAAUGUAUAUCUAUAAAGCUGCAGAUUACUGCAAACAAUUUUACCCAACCUUUUGUUGUAAUAAAGUGCCUUAUGAUGAAUCCUGUAUCUCUGUAGGGUUGACAUUUAGCAGCAUUGUUUAAUGACAGGCUGGAUUAUUUUGAACUGUAAGUAAAAGCUUCUAUUAGUUAGAAUGGAAUCUGUGACAUUUAUUCCCCCGUCCCUGGGGAAGCACCUCAGAGCUUUUCAGUGUUUGUUUUUUUAUCUUUGCCUUAAGCAGUGGCUAGUUUGAUAGUCUAGAGCUUACUGUUAAUAGAACCUUUUGGUCUGAAGGAUGGCUGAUCUGUAAUAAAUAGCUGUCCUGACACUCCUGUACCUUAACCAGGCACUGUGGAAAAAAGGAAUGCUGAGGUGCAAGGCCAGGCUGCAGGAGAAUGUGACUCUGCCAUGACUUAUUAGCAGGCCUUAUUUUUACUUAGAGGACUUUGAGAAAGACCCACUGUGGCUUGCUUAUCAAAACAAUAAAGAAGUUGCAAAAAUUA